AUGCCACUGCCGCUGAUCGAACCACCAUUGAUCAACUCGUCGAAUCCAUGGGCCACCACCUUGGUAGACCUUCGGGAUCUGUUCAACUGUCGAAGUACUGGAGCAGUCACCAUCAGAACUAGCCUGCUACACGGCUUUGAGCACGAUGAUUCAAUCCACCAGUAUGCUUUCUUCCACCCGAUUGACCAUUCUCUCGUGUCCAAGGACAGCAAUAGAUAUGGAGGGAGCCUGAACACACUCGGCUACAGUCCCACCACACUGGGAACGUAUCUCACCAUGAUCAGCAAGGUUGUAGCAGACUCCAGCUUGCCGGAAGACAUUCGCUCGAAGAAGCCAUUCAUCGUCUCGGUCACUGGAAGUGCUGAUGCUGUUGCUGAGUGCUACGGACGGAUUCAGGAUGUACAAUCGACUAUGAGCAACCCGCUGUGCAUGGAGAUCAACCUUUCCUGUCCGAACAUUCUUGACAAGCCACCGCCUGCUUACUCCGGCUCUUCGCUGGCUGAGUAUCUCCAACGACUGGCAGAAGUGAAAGCCACCGAAGGCGAGCGAAGGGUAGCGAUCGGGAUCAAGACACCGCCAUAUACCUAUUCCGACCAGUUCAAGACAUUGAUCGAUGCGUUGCUGGCAUCCAGCAAGCCCACUUGCCCGGUAGACUUCAUCACGGCUACGAAUACGCUAGGUUCAUGCCUGGUACUGGACGAUACGAAUGGGUCACCGGCAAUCAACUCGGCGUCCGGUGCGGGUAUUGGAGGCAUGGCUGGUGCUCCGCUGCAUCCGCUCGCGUUAGGAAAUCUGAAGACGAUUCGAGGUAUGUUGGAUGAGCAUGCGGAGUUGAAGGAUGUCGAGAUCAUUGGUGUUGGGGGAGUGGGUGAUCAUGCUGGAUUUGAGCGUAUGAGGGCGGUCGGUGCGAACGUAGUUGGAGUUGGGACGGCGUUGGGGAGGGAGGGGGUGGGUGUGUUUGAGAAGAUAUUGAGAGCUGACAAGACGAGCGCUUGA